AUGUGCCUCAACAAACAUGGCGGACCGAGCUGGAUGUCCUCCUUCUCCUAACCGACCAAUCAGAAUUAACCCGAGCCUUUCGUCACAGCCAAUCGACGAACGGUCUACUCUUCUCGAAAACAUGUCGCCCAUGAAGCUGUGUGUUCCAGGUGACAAACUAUGCAGUGUAGAAGACUGUAUUCCCGGCACAGGAGUGUACAUGCGGCACGGCUACAUAUACUCCUCAUUAGCAGGCUAUGUGCUUAGGAAGAACGAGGGAGAGGAGUUACCAGUAAUCUCAGUGGUGAGGGAAACAGAAGCACAACUACUACCAGAUGUAGGAGCAAUAGUCACCUGUAAGGUGACCAGCAUCAACCCCAGAUUCGCCAAGGUCCACAUCCUUUAUGUAGGCUCCACACCGCUCAAGGACCGCUUCAGAGGCACCAUCAGAAAAGAAGACGUGCGAGCGACAGAGAAAGACAAGGUGGAGACCUACAAAAGUUUCAGACCUGGUGACAUCGUCCUGGCGAAAGUGAUUUCUCUCGGUGAUGUGCAGUCUAACUACCUGUUGACUACGGCAGAGAAUGAACUGGGAGUGGUGGUGGCACACAGUGAAGCAGGUGCCCAGAUGAUUCCCAUCAGCUGGUGUGAGAUGCAGUGUCCUCGAACACAUUCCAAAGAAUUCCGCAAAGUGGCGCGAGUGCAGCCGGAGUAUCUACAGGCAUGAGAGUCCUGAAACGUUUUUUCUCCCACAAGGAACACACAGCUUCCCCUCCCUCCUUCACUUACUGUCGUCAUGCAGCCUCCCGACUCUGUUUCAGAUGUAUUACGAGAGACUGGACGACACGCAUAUCGUUGGCUACUUCCUGGCUUCAUGUCAUUCUUAAGUGUAUAAGUAGCUUUCCAUCUGCACAUUUUGUCAUCAUACGAUUAUGCCAGCUUGAAAACACUGAUGCAGCAUCAGACCAAACUGCAAAAUUGUCAGGACGCAUCAUAAACAACGCAGCGACUGUUGUUAAGACAUGUUUAUGGAAAUCUGAAAGCAUUUGCCAGCGGUGUGGGUUUUUUAAAGUUGCCUAUAAAUUGCCUGAUGGCAGCCUGAUGAGAACUGUAAACAGAAGAAAUGACUCAGUUUACUCAGGAUGUUACACCGCAGCUGACAAUCUCCAGAUUUCUAGAUGAUCACUAUGUUGAGAAGCUAAAAGCAUCAGAAUUUUGCACCUAGUAAAGAAAGGUGUCUUUCAUAGAUGCAGGAUGCUCUCAGUUUUGCUAAUAAGAAUUAUGACAUCAUCAGGUCGCUCAGGUGAUUUUAGCGUUUGGUCAAGACUGCAUCUUGUGUAAAGAGAAAAACGAACACUCUGCAUUUUGUAACCAGAGAAAUCAUUGCAAAGGGCAGUGGUUAUAUGUGUUCUGAAGUAAGGAGGAUUUGACCAAAAUGAUGCAUAGUGCACAUUGCACUUCGGAUUGCAUGAUGUCAUGUAGGUGGCUGACUUGUUUUUUUAUACCUUGUCCAUAAAAGUGACAAAAACAGUUUAGUUGAAAGACACUUUAAUCUUCCGAGGCUCCUUUCAAGCUUUUCCAGUUUCAAGUGAACUGAUGGACAAAUGUUGUCCACAGCCUAGUUUUUAAAGGAAAAUGAAUGUGAUUAAGAGAGCUUUAUGUUCAGAAACAGCUACUGAGCACAGAAUAUUGAAGUACGACAUGUGAUAGUCAUAUAUUUCUUUUUUGUUUUCUAGCACAUUAUCAAUGUGAAACAAUAGUGAGCCUACAAUAAACAAGCAGAAAUGCUUUCAUGUUAUCAUUCUUUGAAGCAAAGCGUACUUGGACUUCCUUCUUCCUUAUUCUUUCCUCACUUUACAGCAGAGGUCAUGUGCAAGAAUGAAAUAAAACGACUAUCAAAACCA